GUGGGGUGAACGCUACGACGGCAGGCAGCGGCGGCGUGGCCCCUUUAAGGCGGAAGGAUUGGCCCCCUCGUGCUGCGCGCGCUUCCCGGGCCCGGAGGUCACGUGGCUUCACACGUUUGAGUGGCCCCGGCGCCGCGCGCUCUCGCCAGGUGCGUCUCGCGGGGUGGGGAGGCCGGGCACGUGCGGCUCCGCGUCGCGCUGUGGAACCCGCGGCUCCAGGAGGAGGGAGGAGGAAGUAUAAAAGACGGCUGCGACCGCCAGGAAGCCCAGGCCCUCUCCACAUGCAGCAAUGCCAGUAUCUUUCAGAAGAUAAACGCCAUAUUGGAUAACUCUCUGAAUUUCAGUGGCGUCUGCACCACACCCACCAACCAAGAAGUUCAUGAUCAUUUGCCAUCAGACUUCCCGGACUCCGAAGACGCAGUCGCAAGCAGGAUGCUCUUCCCCACCUCUGCGCAAGACUCUCCCCGGGGCCUCCCAGAUGCAAAUGACUUGUCCCUUGGCCUGCAGUCCCUCAGCCUCACGGGCUGGGACCGGAUCUGGAGCACCCAGGACGCAGAUUCCUCAGCCCAGAGCAGCACACACUCCGUACUGAGCAUGCUCCACAACCCACUGGGCAGUGUCCUGGGGAAGCCCCCCCUGAGCUUCCUGCCACUGGACCCCCUUGGAUGCGACGUGGACAAGUUCCCGGCGCCCUCGGUCAGAGGCGCCCGCAUGGACACGAGGCCCAUCUUGGACUCCCGCUCCUGCAGCCCCUCGGACUCGGACACCAGUGGCUUCAGCUCCGGAUCAGAUCACUUCUCAGACUUGAUUUCAAGCCUCCGCAUCUCCUCCCCUCUGCCCUUCCUGUCUCUGACAGGGGGUGGCCCCAGAGAUUCCUUAAAGAUGGGGGUUGGGUCCCAGAUGGACCCAGAGCAAGCUGCUCUCGCUGCUGCCGCUGCCGCCGCUGCCGCCGCCAUCACCCCCUCCCCAACCAGUGCGUCGAAGAGAUGGCCCGGAGCUUCCGUGUGGCCUUCCUGGGACCUCCUGGAGGCCCCCAAAGACCCCUUCAACAUCGAGAGAGAGGCCCGGCUGCACCGGCAGGCGGCAGCUAUGAAUGAAGCUACCUGUACCUGGAGCGGCCAGCUUCCACCACGGAACUAUAAGAACCCUGUCUACUGCUGCAAAGUGUUCCUGGGAGGCGUCCCCUGGGACAUUACGGAAGCUGGAUUGAUUAACACCUUCCGUGUGUUUGGCUCUCUGAGCGUGGAGUGGCCCGGUAAGGAUGGCAAGCACCCCCGGUGUCCUCCCAAAGGUAAUAUGCCUAAAGGGUACGUGUACCUGGUGUUCGAAGUGGAGAAGUCGGUCCGGGCCUUGCUGCAGGCUUGCUCGCACGACCCGCUGAGCCCGGACGGCCUGAGCGAGUACUACUUCAAGAUGUCCAGCCGCAGGAUGCGCUGCAAGGAGGUGCAGGUGAUCCCCUGGGUUCUGGCUGACAGCAACUUCCUGCGGAACCCGUCCCACAGACUGGACCCCCGCAGGACGGUGUUCGUGGGCGCCCUGCACGGGAUGCUCAACGCCGAGGCCCUGGCGGCCAUCCUCAACGACCUGUUCGGAGGCGUGGUGUACGCGGGGAUCGACACCGAUAAGCACAAGUACCCCAUCGGCUCCGGGCGCGUGACCUUCAGCAAUCAGCGCAGUUACCUGAAGGCCGUCAGUGCUGCCUUUGUGGAGAUCAAAACCACCAAGUUCACCAAGAAGGUUCAGAUCGACCCCUACCUGGAGGACGCUCUGUGCCACUUCUGCAACUCUCAGCCAGGCCCUUUCUUCUGUCGAGAUCAGGUGUGCUUCAAGUACUUCUGCCGGACCUGCUGGCACUGGCGGCACAGCGCGGAGGGCCUGCGCCACCACAGCCCGCUGAUGCGCAACCAGAAGAACCGCGACGCCAGCUAGAGGCGCGGCCGUGCCUGGCGGCCGGGGCGCCGGCUGCCCGCGGACCAGGGAAGACCGCAGUCACCUUUGCACUCGCUGCGUCUGUCUUUGUUUCUGCACUAAUUACUGCACAAUGAGUUCUGUCCAGUUUGUUCUCAGGGGCGGGGCCGGGGCAAGGACCCCCCGGCCCACCCUCCCAGUGACUGUAGUUUUCCCAGAUUUUAGUUCUUCCUUUUGCCGAUGAAAAAGCAAAAAAAAAAAAAAAAAAAAGAAUGAACGUGUCCGGAAGGUAGCGACACGAUGCCUACAUCGAGGUUUAUUUAUUAAAAGCGCUUUUUUUGUUGUUGUUUUUUUACAUUCCUCGCAAUACUGAUGGUGGUGAUGCGCAGGUCUCGUCGGUGUUUCAUCCUUGCAGUUGCCAUACAGUGCCUUUCCAUUGAUUUCCCCCCACUGAACGGCAUAAACUGAGUGUUCAGCUGGCGUUUUUUACUGUAAACCACAAGGAGACUUUGCUCUUCAUUUAAACCAAAAUCAUAUCUCCUAUUUUACGCUCAAGGGUUUUUACCGGUUCGUUUUUACACUCCUUUAAGAUAGUUUUUUAAGUCAUUUGGAGCCAAGAGUAGUAGUUGUUUUUUUUUUUUCUUUUUUAACUUUAUGUUUUCUUUCCUGGCAGCUCUUAACGUGAUAGCGGAUUUGUGUCUGGGGAACUGCCGGUCACCGUUUCUCACGGUUGUGAAUGAAGAGGGAAAAGAAAAAAGAGAUGUUUUUGAAUUGCAAACUGGACCGGGUGAAAAGGUGUUUGAGCAGCUGCUGUAUAUAGGUUAUCGCACCUUCUCUAAGUUGCACUUAUUGCGGGGGGAGGGUUGAUAGGCGUUUUUAAUCACAAAAGUCACAAGACUUCUUUCUUUUUUUUGUAACCGAGCUACAAAGGGCUGCUUUUCGGUGGGGGCAGAAGCAGGCUCACAGGAGCCCUUUCUCUCAGAGGGGACAAGCACCGUCUUCCUCGUUUUCUUUGGUUUGAGAAAUGGACGGAGCAACCGUUUGCGGUGGGUGGAAAUGCUACUGAGAUUUGAAAACUUGACUUUUUUCUUCUUUUUUUUUUU